AAACCAUGCUUGUCGUCGGCAGUAUGACGUACUCUGUUCUGGCCAACAUCCUUUCCUGGCUUCCGAACUUCUCGGUCAUUCUGGCCCUUCGCUUCUGCAUGGGCCUGAUGCACCCGACGUCGAUCCACGCAGGAUACACACUGGCCAUGGAGGUCAACCAACCCAAGCACAGGGCAGCCACCGGUAUCCUCAUCUUCCUUCCGUGGGCCUUCUGCGUCAUCGCCCUCGGAGGCUACGGCUACCUCCUGCGGGACUGGCGCUGGCUCAGCUUCACGCUCGCCCUGCCCGCCUUGCUCUUCCUGCCGGCGCUCUGGUUCAUCGACGAGUCCCCGCGCUGGCUGAUCGUGCGCGGGCGCUACGACGACGCGUCGCGCGUCCUCCGGAGAGCAGCGCGCCUGAACAAGGUCGAUCUGCCGCCCGAGGAGGAGCUUCGCACCAUUAUGGAGCACGUCAAGAAAGAGGCUCUUGUCGACGGCAAAGCAGGCGAAGUAUCUACUCCAGGCUUUAUCAAUUCCUUAAGGGUUAUAGCAAAAGAAGUCACAGUACUGGUUAAAACGAGGAGAAUGCGCAGCAUUACGCUGUCGUUCUAUGCCCAGUUCUUUGUGCUGGGAAUGGUCUACUACGGCCUCUCGUUCGGCGCCGACAAACUGGGCGUGGACCCGUUCGUGUACAUGGCGGUGAACGGCGUGGUGGAGAUCCCCUCCGGCACCGUGACCAUCCCUCUGGUGGAAAGGCUGGGCAGGAGGCUGUCGUGCACGCUGUCCUUCGUGGUCACCGCCGGCUCGCUCUUGGUGCUCGGAUUCAUCCCAUCAGGGCUGAAUUGGCUCUUAAUCAUGAUGGCUUUGCUGGGCAAACUGGGCAUCUCGAUAGCCUAUCAGGUGGUGUUCCUCUACGCCUGCGAGCUCUUCCCGACCGAAGUGCGCGUUCGAGGCAUCGGAACCUCAACCAUCCUGGCGAAAAUUGGCGCAAUGGCAGCUCCUUUCCUCCUGGAAAUCCUGGGAUCCGUGAAGUCGUGGCUGCCGCUGGUGCUCUUCGGUGUCGCGGCGUUCCUGGCGGGCGUGGUCACCUUCUGGCUCCCCGAGUCGCUGACGGCGCCCAUGAUGGACACCGUGGCUGAGCUGGAGGCCGCCUAUGGGGCCACAGACGACAGGGACGCCACAGCUGAGCAUCACAUGGAGCAGCCAAAUGGAACUACCAGAGAGUAGGCUAAAAGGUGAUGACUAAAGUCGAGAAAUAACUUUCCUUUUUCGUUCUUAAACCUGUUCUUAAUAUGAUGAGUCGUUUUGGUGACAUCCUUCCUGUAAGUGUGGUGGUCGCGUAAAAAAUAAAAAAUUCGGAUAAAGA